AUGAGAAACCCCGGAGUCCAAAAAGAUGUUUCAGUUUCCCAAGGGGUCCGCGCCAUGUUUUACAUGAUGAAGCCCAAUGAAACGUCUUUCCAAACCGUGGAAGAGGUGCCAGAUUACGUAGAGAAGGCAACUCCGUUUUUCAUUUCCUUGAUGCUGCUUGAAUUGCUUGUGAGCUGGAUUCGCAAAGGGAAGCCGUCAGGCCGUCUGGAUGAUGCCUUAACAUCCAUAUCUGCUGGUGUUCUUUCACGGCUUCCCAAUCUGUUUUUCAGGAGCAUUGAACUGACCAGUUACAUUUAUGUCUGGGAAAAUUAUAGACUCCUUAGUUUGCCUUGGGAUUCCCCAUGGACUUGGUACUUGACCUUCUUAGGAGUUGACUUUGGCUACUACUGGUUCCAUCGCAUGGCUCAUGAGGUUAACAUUAUGUGGGCUGGACACCAAACUCACCACAGUUCUGAAGACUAUAACUUAUCCACAGCAUUGAGACAAUCUGUCUUGCAGAUAUAUACUUCCUGGAUUUUCUACUGUCCCUUGGCUCUCAUCAUCCCUCCAUCAGUAUAUGCUGUUCAUGCUCAGUUCAAUCUUCUUUACCAGUUCUGGAUCCACACAGAGAUAAUUAAUAACCUUGGUCCUUUGGAACUGAUUCUUAAUACUCCAAGUCAUCAUAGAGUCCAUCAUGGUAGAAACCGUUAUUGCAUAGACAAAAAUUAUGCCGGUACUUUGAUUAUAUGGGAUAGAAUUUUUGGAACUUUUGAGGCAGAAAAUGAAAAAGUUGUAUAUGGCCUCACACAUCCCAUUAAUACGUUUGAACCAUUCAAGGUGCAGUUCCACCAUUUAAUGUACAUUUGGACGACAUUUUGGACCACACGUGGAUUCUUCAACAAGUUUUCUGUCAUAUUUAAAGGACCAGGAUGGGGCCCAGGUAAACCAAGACUGGGGCUGAGUGAAGAAAUCCCAGAAGUCACUGGAAAAGAAAUUGCCUUCUCAUCUCCAGCAUCUCAAUUGCUGAAGAUAUAUACUGUUGUUCAGUUUGCUCUGAUGCUUGCAUUUUAUGAAGAAACUUUUGCUAAUAAAGCUACAGCUUCCCAGAUCACUCUCCUUCUGAGGAUUUGCUUCAUUAUCCUGACAUUGACCUCCAUUGGAUUUCUUUUGGAUCAAAGACCUCAGGGAGCUAUGCUGGAAACUUUCCGCUGCUUAUUUUUCCUCACAAUGUGUGAAUUUGGUCACAUGAAGCCUUUUAUCCCUUCCUUAUCAUUGGCUUUUGAGGUGAGAGCGUGGCUCGCUAAUAAUCCUGAGGACAUGCAGUCUCAGAGAAAAGCAGCUCGCUGGUGGAGGAUUACCACCGGGCUUCAUCACCUGCCACUCACAAAUGCCCUGUUUCAGUGGCAUCCUGUCUUGCUUGUGCUUACAUAA